AGUUGCUCAGAGUAAUUUUUUUCAUCCCGUUGGGCCUGCUUUGAGUGCGAUGAAGUUUUUCGGUGGCGCGGUUGUUUGGUGUUACUUAUUGUUCCAAAAGAUUUCCAUCGACAAAAUAGCAGUAAUGGUACACGAAAUCAAGUUGCAACUACAGUGACGGGGACGGACUCUUGCUCUUGCUCACGCGCGCGCACUGCCGGCGUCGAACUUGUACUACUUGUUUCUGGACGAGAUCAAUUUGGACGAGGGGAUCAUCAUUCACAAGAGGAACAAAAAACGGGGCCUACUAUUCGCUCUUUCGCACCACAGCAGUUUGAUUUUGAAGUAGACAACUUCUUGCAUCUCGCCCCGCGCGAGGAUCAUUGUGCGUCGUGGGCUUUUCAUCCGAUACUAUAGUAUGUAGUGAGGUCACGAACGUUCUAUCCUAGCGGUUUUUUUGACAGCUCUCAUCCAAAACGACCGGCAGUUUUCAAUCGGCCGGAAGCGUUUUUUGACAUAAAAAAUUUCCAAUUAUCAAUCGGCCAGGGCUUUGCCAACAAACAAGCCCGGGCGGAUUCUAUCGGUUCCCGAUGGAUAAAACGACGCAGGGGAGCCGGCAAAAGGGACGCCCUUCCGAGGCGCCCAGCGCAUCUGUUUCCGUCGAUUUGGGGCGCCCAAAAAGGGACGCCAAGAAAAUGCAAAGACGACAAAAUCCCUGAAUCCGCACGGUAUGGGCCGUAUUUUGGCCCACUUUUGGAGGUCGCAAAGCCGGCCACCAAAAGCGGGCAUUUGUAAUGCGGGGAGUAGGGCAAAAAGCGCAACUUUUUAACAAAAAAAAUACAAAAAUGCAAAGGCCGCCAAAAUCUGUGAGCUAACCCGCAUGCUACGGGCCCGAUUUGGGGCGCGCAAGGGGCCGGCCCUGGCGGAGGCCCUUGGUGGGCCAUAGCAUGCGGGGAAAGCUUCCGGGCUUGGAAGAGACGAAGGCGGAGGCCUGUAGCUGUGAUUUUUAGCAUCCGCGACACCAUGCGGAGUAAUCUUAUACGCGACGGAAUACUCGAGGCAAAGAACGCGACUACUUUGCUCACUGGUGGAAUGCGCGAGAACGGUAACGAAAAUGGGGUCGGGCAGUCAAAAAAACCGCGUUGACCUCACUACCCCCGCCUCGGCGGCUAUAUUUGGUAAGUUGUCCACCUUCGAAGAAGAUUUAGUCGCUGACCCCCUCACCUCGCCCACACGACGAGUGAGAACAACACCUGUCGAAAGGAAAAAACUAUGACGGCUGCUGAUGAAAUAAAUGGUGAAAAUGCAGAACGGGGAACAACCUCAACCCCUGAACAAGCAGCGGGCGAUCAAGAACAUGCGGCUUUCCUGCAAAAUCAUGACGAAUCGGUGCUCCAUUCCCUCAAAGUCGGCGUCGUCGCGGGUACGACCUGCGUGUGUGUCGGCUACCCGUUCGACACGAUCAAAGUGCGGCUGCAGGCGGCGGCGGGUGCUGCAGGAGCUUCCCGGGGAAGAACUCCGGCAGGCGGAGGUGCUGGUCGUGGCUCAUCGACGUCCUUCACCCACCUGUGGAAAGGCAUUUCCGCACCCCUGCUCGUAUGCGUUGCAAAAGUAUCGUACUAGUGUACAUGGCAUUACAAAUUUGCUCAGCAUGAAAAUAACUGGAACUUGUCAUGCUGUUUUACCUUAAGAGCAAGACUUGUCAUGCAUAUUGCAAUUACUACGACUGCGAUACUUUUGCACAGGAUAGCUCGGCGUGGUGCCUUCCUGGGCGAUUUCCUUCACGCUGUACGGCGCCGCGCUGAAGUAUGGCGCCCUCAAACGUUACAUUCUCAACUGUUACAUGAAUUUGUAAUGCAAAAGUGUCAUCAGCAUCUAUGUGAUCAAGGUACUCCGCAUGACAAACUGCCCAAGAGCUAAACAGCAUUGCAAUCCGUUCCGAAUUUGUAAUGCAAAACGCGCAAUCUUCCCGACCCGCUUUCGCUUUUGCUGUUAUUGCAUGAAAAAUUUAUGUAACAGUUGAGAUCUAACGUUUGAGAACUCCAUACGAAGUACCUCGAGUCCAACAGCAUUCCCGCUUGCGCGCUUGCCGGCGGUAUCAAAUGUAAAAAUGUCUGGGUCUGGAAGAUUGCCAGGUUUGUCAUGCACAUUGUGCAUCACUCCUGAUGUCUGUGAUGCAUGCCCUAGCAUCACAGAUUUUGUGAGGGCUUCCUGAUGCCUAUACCGCAUGACAAAUGCUCUUUCCGUGUAGCAAAACUUGGACUCUCUUUGCUGCUCAUGCAAUACAGAUUUUUUUAGAAUCCAAAAUCAGCAUCACAAGUUGGAUUCUUUCAGACCCAGACAUCUUUACAGUUGAUAGGCGGCGUGGCGGGGGUCGGGUACGCGGUGGUGAUGUGCCCGCUGGAAAUGGUGAAAGUGAAUUAUCAAAUGCAAAACCAUCGUACUACUUAGUUAGUAAAAAUCGCAUGACAAAUUCGCCCAGAAGCAUGAAAAAUGGAAUUUUCAAUGCGGAUUUAGGUUAAGAAGGAGAUUGUGUAAUGCAUGGUUGCGACUACUACGAGUGCGAAGAUACUGUUGCAUACGAUAUUAGUUGCCAGGUGGCAAAGUCCGAGGAUACUUUUGCUAUGGCGAGACGGCUUUUCAAGAUGGGAACUAGUACUUAUCAAAUGCAAAUAUGUCUGGGUCUGGAAGGUUGCAAGACUUGUCAUGCAGGUUUUCCAUGACCCAUGAGGUCUGGAAUGCGGGACCCAGCAUGACAGAUUCUGCGAGGUCUCUAUCAUGCCUAUCCUGCAUGAGAAACUCCUUCUCAACUUGGUCAAAAGCAGACAGCUUUUGCUACUUAUGCAACACAGAUUUUUGCAUGAUUCAGAUUUAGCAUGACAACUUGCAAUCUUCCAGACCCAGACAUAUUUGCAAUGCAUAGUACUGAAGGCGGUGCAACAGCAACUACAUCUACACCUCCGAAGAUGAUCUUCACAGGUGAAACAAAUGGCACGAAAGGAGCAUGUUUACAACCGAGAACAAGUAGAACAACAAACACUACUUCUACACCUUUUUUCUCCGCCCGCCCAACCAUUCUCUACCGGGGUUUCCUCGCGUGUCUCGCUCGCGAUUUUAGCCAGGGCGUCGCCUACUACAGCCUGGCGGAAUACUUGAACCGAACCCUCGAGGGUCCGCUCGGCAGCUUCUACGCCCCGCUGGUCUCCUAUGGGGGUUUCAGGAUUGAGAUCGUCAGAAUUGAAAUAGUUUGUCAUGCAUAAAAUGCACCCCACAAAGUGCCUGUCUUGCAGAGUAGGCAAAUGAGGCAGAUUGUAAGCCUGUUGAGGGAUAGAAACUGAGCUGCUAAAGUAGCACGACAAAAGACGUCUUACUUACCCAAAAAGCAUGACAAACUGGAUUUCGGCUCUACCCAAAUUUGUCGUGCGCCACUUAGAAACUGGGUUACAACUUUCAUCCAUUUUAUGCAUUACAACUUUGUAGAUUUCAAUCCUGACGCAUCCAUAUCUCCGGCGCGCUCACCGGAGUGGGGCACUGCACCGUGGAGUACCCAUUUGACGUGGUGAAAACCCAGAGUAUCACGAGAAAAAAGUGUUACAGUCACACAUUGUGUUGCAAGCCCAGCAUGACAGACAACCUCUGUCAUGCCAGAAAUGCUUCCGAGCUUCAUUUCAUACGUGUUUUCCCUUAUGGUCUGCGCAUUGCAAGUUUUCCUUCUCAUGCGCAGAAAAUUUGUGUUGCUGAAGUUACAACAACUGUGUAUAACUGUAAACACUUUUUUCUUGUGAUACAGAGGCAGGCAUUGCUAGUAGAAAGUCUUGAGGUAUUUAAACUAGGUGGACCACUUACAACCGAUCGUAGUAGAAGUGAACUACAGGUAGGUCGCCAAGCCGCUCCUGCUGGUUUAUUAAUAAAGUUUUCAUCGAACGGAGAGAAUCAUAAAAGCAGUAGCAGGCCACGACUUCCGGCUGUUGAUACAUUGAUGUCAACAACUACAAUAUCCCACAAAAAAACUGUUUCACUGUGAUGGUUUUGCAAGAUCUGCAUCACAAGUUUGUUACACAUGACGCAGAAAAUUUGCCAUGCGCGUUUUCCAAGGGAAAACACGACUAAGAUUCCAUUGUGUUGCAGGUGUAGCAAGACAAACACUUUGGUGCUUCGUUCUCUGCAUCACAGGUUCACAGUGAAACAGUUUUUCUUGCGAUAUACAACAUCCUCCAACAAGAACCAAAACCACUGCCACGACGACCAUCCUCUCCCGCCAGAUAAUCAUAUGAAUUGCAAAAGUAUCGUACUCGUAUAAAUGCAUUACAAAUCCCCUCAGCAUGAGAAAUAAAUAUAAAAUUUGUACUGCGGAUUUACCUUAAGAAAAGGAUUUGUAAUGCAAGACUUGCAUACGAGUGCGAUACUUUUGCACAGGAUAGCUCAACAGAAGUCCUACCGCAAAAUUCUCCGUACGAUUUACCGGAAUGAGGGCAACAUUCGUGCGACGUUGCGGAGUAUGCAUUGCAAAUAUCGAUCUGCAUCUGGGUCCGGAAGGAUGCAAAGAAAGUUGUAAUGCGCGUUUCACAUCACACCAAAAUCUGUUAUGCGUGGAUACAUAACAAAAGUUGCGCACUUCAUUCAUCUGGCCACUAGCACUAAAAGAAGGGCUUUGUCAUGCGCAUUUAGGCAUAAUUUGGAGAGGACCUUGUCAAUAAAACCUGUGAAGAUGCUAGGGCUCGCUUGCCAGACCUUCUGGGUCAUGCGAAACAUUGCAUCACAAAGAACCUCGUCUGCAUCCUUUCAGACCCAGAUCGAUAUUUGCAGUUUAUACGGAAAGGCUACUUUGUCUCCAUCUCGCGCGCGGUCCUCGCUCACUCGGCGAGUUUCUCUGUGCUGUGCCAGUUACGCGGGUAUUUGUGAACAGGUUGCUUUCAGCUCUGUAUCGAUCUCGAAAUGUUGUGCAAUUCUGUUUCGUUUUAUACCGGAGGUGAAUCUAGUGGAGUUGGUGAAACAAGAGCUAAUAUAAUCGGCUUGAGCAUCCAUCACCUGCUAGAAUUACGAUGUACGAUAUAUAGGAACUACCGGUUUCGGUGCAGGAGCACGAGCAGGGAAUCAUGAUCGUUUUUAAAGAAGUUUGUAUUUAGACAGAAGAGCAGAAACCCUUCGAGUUGUGACAACUUCAGGAGGGGCGAGUUUAUUGUUCAGUAACCUAUUUUUUAUGAAUCGUGACACAACUAGGACUCCGACGAAUACUAUCGUAUUACAGAAAAUUUUGCAAAAAUCAGAGCAGACGAAAUAAAGAAACGACAAUCCUAGAAAUGGAAUAGGAACAAUCUUGCCGUCUGAGACAAUCCGACGUGGUCCACCAUGUCUCUGCGGUCGCGUUUUUCGCUUCAUUGUUCAAAAAGAAAUGUUGCUGCAUAUUACAGUCCCGGUUGCACCAGCUGAUGUGAUUAUGUGCGUUGCCUGUCUUCCCGGUUUCCCAAC